GUCACACUGUGCUACUGGGUUUUAAAAAGUCAGAGCAUUAACAUUUUUUUUUUAGUUUAAUUCAGUGUUUAUAGUGUGAAUAAUAAUGGCAGCAGUACCAGGACGAGCUCUACAUUAUGUCUUCAAGAUCGGGGAUCGUGCCAAGAACGCGUUUUUCUUUCAGACCAUUCUUGGAAUGAAGGUUUACCGUCACGAAGAGUUCACCGAGGGCUGCGAAGCGGAGUGUAAUGGGCCCUAUGACAAUCGCUGGAGUAAAACAAUGAUUGGAUAUGGACCCGAGAGCACGAAUUUCGUCUUCGAACUGACCUACAACUAUGGUGUCAAGAGCUAUGAAAUUGGCAACGACUUUGGAGGCGUAACAAUCCAUUCCAAGGAUAUUCUAGCCAAGGCCGCCGAGCAUUCGUAUCCAGUUGUGAAGCAAGACGGUCGUAAUAUUCUCGCCUCACCCGAUGGCUAUAAGUUCUAUGUGGUUGAAAGUGCGCCCACUUCGGAUCCGGUGCAAGAGGUUGAGAUACACGUCAAAGAUUUGGCCGCAUCGCGUAAAUAUUGGCAUGAGCUGCUCAAGAUGAAUGUUCUCGAGGAGAACGCGAAAUCGGUGUUGCUCACCUAUGGCUCGAAUCAGGCAUCGUUACGUCUCACACUGCUAACCGAGGCGUUGGAUCGCGCCAAGGCCUAUGGACGGAUUGCCUUUGAAAUACCUGGCGCCGCUCAGUUGCCACUAUUCGAGGCUGUCAAGGCGGCUGGUGGCACAAUUCUGAAGCCGUUGAUACAGCUGGACACACCCGGCAAGGCCACAGUGUCUGUGAUUAUUUUGGCCGAUCCCAAUGAUCAUGAAAUAUGCUUUGUGGACAAGGAGGGCUUCACCGAGUUGUCGCAGCCUGAUGACACGGCUGGAGAUCAGCUUACGAAGUACAUACUUAAGGAUCCCUUCCAGGACAAAUAAUGAUAUUAUUAUUCCCAUUGAUGCACUGCUUGUUAUACUAUUGCAAAAUUUGUUAAACCAACUCCCUCCCAAAUAUAUUUUAUACAAUAUAUUUAUAUUUUAUAUGAUGUAUUAUAUCUAUAAUGUGAUCUGCGUGGGCGAUAAUACAAUACACAGAGAAUCUCCAC